AACUGAACAGAGCAUCAGCGCUUUAGCUCUCACUCUGGGGACUCGCGCGCCCAACGUCCGGCCCCGCCGCUUCGAAGCUUAAGAAGGACGUGGCCCUGCAGCUGCGCUACUGUCCCCAACCCUGAGCCAUUCCCGACGCCCCCGUCGGCGUUCCUUGCGCGCGCGUCCGGCUCCGCCCCCGCCCCCGCCCCCUACGUGCCCCCGCGCGCCGCGCCCCCCACCCACCCGGCACGCCCCGCCGCCCCGCCCGGUCGUAGCCGGCCUGGAGACGCCCCGCGGGCCUGAGCGACCCUCGCUGCGGCCAGCUCUUCCUCCACCGCCGCCCGUCGCCAUGGACGUGUACCCCACGCAUCGGCUGGGGCUACCCCGCGCGCGGUCCCCCGGCGGCCCUGGGCGCGGGUCGCCAUCCGUCAGCUGCAGUCGACUCCGCCAGGUUCAGAGCAUCCUGACCCAAAGCAGCAAGUCUCAACCCGAUGGGAUCCUCUGCAUCCUAGGAAUCGAUAGCAGGUACAAUGAAGGCUGCAGAGAGCUGGCAAAUUAUCUUCUGUUUGGUUUGUACAAUCAGAAUACCAGUGAUUUUGAGAAAUCUGGGUUUUCUGAAGAAGUUCUUGAUGAUGUGAUUAUAUUGAUUAAAUCAGAUAGUGUCCAUCUGUACUGUAAUCCUGUAAACUAUCGCUAUCUCUUACCCUAUGUGGCACAUUGGAGAAAUCUGCAUUUCCACUGCAUGACUGAAAAUGAGUAUGAGGAUGAGGAAGCUGCAGAAGAAUUUAAAAUCGCCAGCUUUGUGGACAUGGUUCGAGACUGUAGUAGAAUUGGCAUUCCGUACAGCUCUCAAGGUCACUUGCAGAUAUUUGAUAUGUUUGUAGUGGAGAAAUGGCCAAUUGUACAGGCCUUCGCACUUGAGGGCAUUGGAGGGGAUGGAUUUUUUACCAUGAAAUACGAGUUGCAGGAUGUAAGUUUGAAUCUUUGGAAUGUCUACAGCAAGAUGGAUCCUAUGUCUCUGGAAAGUUUGCUUUCAGAAGAUUUGGUGGCUUUUGAACAUCAGUGGGCUAGCUUCUUUGCUAAUUUUGAUACAGAAAUUCCUUUUCUGCUAGAACUGUCCGAAUCUCAGGCGGGUGAGCCAUUCAGAAGUUAUUUUAGUCAUGGAAUGAUCUCCAGUCAUAUAACUGAAAAUAGCCCUAAUAGGCAGCCAUUUGUUCUCUUUGGUAAUCAUUCCACCCGAGAAAACCUGAAUGCUGGCAACUUUAACUUCCCCUCUGAAGGGCACCUGGUACGCAGCACUGGUCCCAGUGGGAGCUUUGCCAAACACAUGGUAGUACAGUGUGUUUCACCAAAGGGACCUCUUGCUUGUUCAAGGACAUACUUUUUUGGAGCUACUCAUGUUCCUUACUUGGGAGAUGACAACAAGGUGCCCAAGAAAACUGAACAAAUUAGGCUCUUGUCACAGGUCUAUGCUGCUGUUAUUGAGGCUGUUUUGGCUGCCAUUGCAUGUUAUGCUAAAACUUCCAGUCUAACAAAGGCCAAGGAGGUAGCUGAGCAGACCCUGGGAUCUGGGUUAAACUCUUUCGAGUUGAUGCAGUUUAAGGCAACCCUACGCUCCAAGAUGGCUUUUCAUAUCCAUGCUGUGAAUAAUCUGGGGAGAAUCGUGCCUCUGGACAGUGAAGAUAGCUUAUACUUUGUGAAGACGGCUUGUAUGUCCAUCUAUGACAUUCCUGACUUACUGGGAGGAAAGGGUUGCUUGGGAUCUGUGGUCUUCUCAGAAUCUUUUUUGACUUCUCAGAUCUUGGUUAAAGAAAAGGAUGGCACUGUUACCACAGAAACCAGCUCCAUAAUCCUGACAGCCGCCAUACCCAGAUUCUGCUCCUGGCUGGUGGAAGAUACUGAAGUAAAAUUGUCCGAGAAAACCCAGCAGGCGGUUAUGGGGGAUGAGUGUUUCCUGGGCACUUUUCUCACUAGAGGAGAAGGAGCAUAUCUUUUUUCUAGUAAUCCACAGUCUUGGCCUGAGGAAGGGAAAGUACAUUUCUUCUCCGGUGGCCUUCUGUUUUCUGACCGUCAUCAUGGAAGUAUCAUCAUUUCCAAGGAUCACAUGAAUUCCAUUUUGUUCUAUGAUGGGGAUUCCACCAGUAUUGUUGCUGCCCUUCUGAUAGACUUCAAAAGUUCAUUGCUUCCUCAUCUCCCAGUUCAUUUCCAUGGAUCAGACAAUUUUCUGAUGAUUGCCCUUUUCCCCAAAUCAAAGAUAUACCGAACAUUUUACUCAGAGGUCUUCUCCCCCUGGCAACAGCAGGCUAACUCAGGGCUCUCUUUAAAAGUAAUCCAGGAAGAUGGAUUAUCUGUGGAACAAAAGAGAUUACACUCUAAUGCACAGAAGCUAUUCAGUGUCCUGAGCCAUUCUGCUGGGGAGAAACAGAGUCCUCUAAGGCUGCAUUCAGCUAGACUUCCAGAUCUGGACGGGUUUCUUCAACAUUUUGCUGUCAGCAGCAUUAGUCAGGAACCCGUGAUGAGGGCCCAUCUUCCUGUCGUGCUACAGCAAGCUGAAAUCAACCCUACUCACAGAAUAGAAAAAGACAAGGUAAUUAUCAGCAUUGUAACUGGCCUCCCAGGCUGUCAUGCUAGCGAGCUCUGUGCUUUUCUGGUCACUCUGCAUAAGGAAUAUGGCAGGUGGAUGGUAUACCGUCAAGUCAUGGACAGCUCCGAAUGUUUUCAUGCUGCCCACUUCCAGAGAUACCUUUCCAGUGCCCUGGAGGCCCAGCAGAACCGCUCUGCCCGCCAGUCAGCCUACAUUCGCAAGAAGACCAGACUGUUGGUGGUAUUACAAGGCUACACAGAUGUUAUUGAUGUUGUCCAGGCCCUACAGACCCAUCCAGACCCAAACGUCAAGUCAUCCUUCACCAUUGGUGCCAUCACAGUGUGUGUGGAGCCCCUCAGCUGCUACAUGGAGCACAGAUUUCUUUUUCCUAAAUGUCUUGACCAGUGUUCACAAGGCCUAGUGAGUAACGUGGUAUUCACCAGUCACACCACCGAGCAGAGGCACCCUCUCCUAGUUCAGCUGCAGAGCCUCAUCAGGGCUGCCAAUCCUACUGCAGCCUUCAUUCUUGCAGAAGAUGGGAUCAUCACCAGGAAUGAAGACAUUGAACUGAUUCUCUCAGAAAAUAGUUUUUGGAGUCCUCAGAUGCUACGAUCUCGAUAUCUACUGUACCCUGGCUGGUAUGAAGGUAAAUUUGAUGCUGGAUCAGUCUUUCCAUUAAUGGUUCAGAUCUGUGUAUGGUUUGGUCGUCCCUUGGAGAAGACUCGCUUUAUGGCCAAGUGUAAAGCAAUGCUGUCCUCCAUCAAGCCAAGUCCCUUCUCUGGAAAUAUCUACCACAUCCUGGGCAAAGUGAAGUUUUCAGACUCCGAGAGGACCAUGGAGGUCUGCCACAACACUCUGGCCAAUUCCUUGAGCAUCAUGCCAAUUUUGGAGGGACCCACGCCACCACCUGACUCCAGAAGCACACCUCAAGGCGGUAGCGGGCAGCAGGAAUGCUACCUUGUGUUCAUCGGCUGCUCCCUGAAGGAAGAAAGUGUCAAGGACUGGCUGCGGCAGUCAGCUAAGCAGCUCUGUUGGGACCUGACCCCUCCUUACAUCUCUGCACAGAAGCCGCAGAGGAAAGCCCUGAAGACCAGGGGGAUGCUGACCCAGCAGGAGAUCAGGAACAUCCAUGUGAAACGCCACCUGGAUCCCCUACCUGCAGGCUACUUUUAUAAUGGCACCCAGUUUGUCAACUUCUUUGGUGACAAGACUGAUUUUCACCCACUCAUGGACCAGUUCAUGAAUGACUACGUGGAAGAAGCCAACCGGGAAAUCGAGAAGUAUAACCGGGAGCUGGAGCAGCAGGAAUAUCAUGACCUCUUUGAGCAGAAGCCCUAGAGGAAGACUGCAGGGUGUCCACCCUGGAGGUGGACGUUUAGAAGCAGGAUGUCUUAACCUCAGCUCUUCCAGAACCCCCUCCCAGGAGGGGCUGUCUUUGUUCUCCAUGGCCUUUGUGUGCCGGCUUGAGUGCAUGUUGUCUUUAUUGUCUGUACAGCGCUGAAGAGCAUCACCUGCACCAGUGAUUUGGCAGGGGAGGGGGGUCCUCAUAGAGGAUGACCAGACAGGAAUUGUCCUUUGUGUGCAGUCGGCAGUCCUGAUAACAGUGUCUCUUGGGGGCCGUGGCAGCACUGUGUAAGGGUGGGGAGAAGCAUUUGGAUCACGCAGAGUAGCUGCUGUAGGGGUCAGAAAGAAUGCUGGCUGCCCAAACUGUGACUAUGCCUGGGGGGCCGGGCCACCACAGGCCUCAAGCCUCAGACACCGUCCCAGGAGAGCCCUCCACCCCAGUGGAGUGCCUUCCUCCCUGCUUAGGCCCUCUCUAUGGAAGGCUCAGGCCCUGCUGGCCCUGGGCCCCGUCCUGAAGGGAGCAGCAGAAGCUCUGGCCAAUCUCAACGCAUAGAGCUAGCAGCUUGGGCUGAGGUCACUAGCUUGUUCUAAAAGGAGAAAUUUUCCCUCGAGGAGUAAACUGAAGGGAAAGACUUGCUUCCCAGAAGUGUGUGACUUUUGAACUGACACAAGCAGCCCCCGUCGAGAUUGGUUUUGAGCUCCCCUCAUGACAUCGCUCUGGUUUGCCUAAGUCAGGGAUGAGAAAAACUGCUGCUCGGGCCUCACUGGCGAUGCUUUGCCUCACUGUUAAGAGCAGUGUCCUACGGCUUCAUAGUCUUAAGCCCAGGGUUCUUAUCACUUAGAGGCAUCCUUGAAAGGGGUUCAGUCUCCACCACCCUUACCUCCCCUCAGUCUUGCCAGGGAAGGCCUGGUGUUCAGGCACAACAUUCAGGAAGCUCAUGUUCCCAAGCGUCAUUGCUGGCCCUGGACUUGUUUGGCUCCUGAGGACCAGGAAUUUCAAAGAAUUCCAAUAUCCAAGUUAGAAUUCCUUCUAGUAGCUUUGUAUUCAGCUGGACUCAAAAGCGGAGGGGAAUUACAAGUGCAUCCCAUGCCUGACCUCCAGAAUUAGUGUGGGGCAGAGGGAGAUCACAGCACAGAUGCAUGGGUGAUGUCUGUUAGGACUUCAGCGCCUCAGCUGCAUAGAUUGUAAAUGCUUCCUGAAUUUCACAUAUUUUUUGCAUGCCUUAGGAAGAAGCACAUAGGCAAAACCAGCAAAGUUUCUAGUAAUGUUGAGGGGCUUUCGAGAAAGGGCUCUGGCAAAGAAGAGAGACAGAAAAAUGAUGGAGCACAUGUGGUCUGUCACACAGAGGCCUGCAUGCAAGUGGUAAAGCACUUGUUAAGGGCUUGUUAGUGAAAUAUACUUACAUUAGGAACAAAAGUUGGAUUUGAAGCCAGAUGAACAAAACUCCAAAUACCAUUAAAUAGGAAGUUCCCGUGUGGCACAGCAGGUUACGGAUCCAGCAUUGUGGCAGCUGUGGCGUAGGUCACAGCUGCAGCAUGGGUUCGAAGCCCCACCCAGGAACUUCCACAUGCUGCAAGGUGCGGCCAAAAAAAACACCAUUGAAUAAGAACUCUUGCAUAAAGAAAAGCUCCUGAUAAGGCCCAUGUGCUCCAGUCCCAGCUCCCAAAGCUGCUGGUGACAAGGGCCCAGACUUCUUAGGCUUCACUUCUGGCUGGCCAGAGGCUGGGGUCCACAGCAGGCCUGCCUCUGCUUCAGAAUCAAUAACAUAGAUCUUAAGUGCAAUUGAUGAAAUAAGCAAUGAGUUACUGUAGCUUCCUUUAGCUGUACUGAGCUCUUUUUAAAAACUCAGACUUGAGCAGUCUUAGAAAAGGGAGAGGUGGGGUGGGGGUGGGGGUGGGGGGACCACAGGCCAUCUAAAAAUCUCCUAGGUGGAUUGCUGUGAACAUUGAAAUGAAAGCUCUCCUUCUAGGAGCUCGAGCCAUUUCCUGGCUGCUGCACAAGAGUUUUUAAAGAGGGGUCGGAGCCCGCCUGUCACAGCGGGUCUUAAACACUACGUGGGGCUGUACCUCGUGGUGAUCUUGGUUUCUGACCAUUGUCCAUAGAAAUGCUCUCUCACCAACUUGCCCCACUGUCCCAAUUCCUCUCCCAUUGAGGGGAAACUGUGAUUACCUCAACUUGAAGAUGAAACUGUGAUUGAAAAAAGUCAAAAUGUUAAGUUUCAAAGCCAAAAAGGCAAAACUGGCUGAGGCCUCCGUAGAUGCUCCUCAGCCUGCUCGGGUGUGUGAAGGGCACACUGGUGAAAGGGCAUUCCUUGGGGCCCACUGGCUGUGCCCUGGUGAAGAGGCACGCUAGUGGUGCAUGGUGUGAGCUCUUUGAGGACUGAGGCUAGGAGGCCUCCUCCUCGCUCUGGCCCUCGUGGAACCUUCAGGGCCUCUGGUUUCUGACUGUGAAGUUUCAUAUCCACUUGACUCCUCGGGGCGCUCCAGAUGGAGGCAUGGGGUCCUAGGCUGUCUCUAGAGGAGAGGGGCCAAGAUGCUGAGAUUUUGACCUUCGAAGUGGAUACCAGAGAUCCAGCAGAGACAUCAGGUUCUUAGGGACAAGCAGAAAUCCUCCAGGGGCUUACAUGCUUUUUGCCAACUUUCUUUUUUUAGCAGCUUCAGUUUUAUAUCACCCCGAGUGAGUGUGAUAAUGUUGAAGUCGCUGAAGUUAUGGGUUAUUUUACAUUUUGAUGUGGGAUUUUUCUUUUUUUUGAUUGGAAGGAGGAGGCAGAAAUUGGAGAAAAGGGAUCACCCCAAGGAAGGGGCCACUAGCAGGAGUGGAGUUGGCCCCACCGAGUCCUGGGGGCUCUGACCUGAGGCCUGGACACUAGGCCCUGUGGGUCACAAGAAAAAGUUCCCUCCUAAAUUCUGUUAGGAUUUUGAAAAAUUUUUGCACAGUAAUAAGCUCUGGGUUUGCUCUUUGGGCUUCUCAAAAGGGAAAAGUUAACUCAAAGAUUGUAAACUAUGAAGUAUUCCAGCCAUGUUGCUGACCUAGAUGAAUAGUUGUACCUCAAGUAGGUGAGAAAUGGCUUCCUCAUUGUCCCAGGUUGUCAAAUAUUAAUGACAGAAGAGCUCACUUACGUGCCAAAAUUCACUUUUAUACUAGUUUUUCAAUGCUUUAAUAUUUGUAACUUAAAUUUUAAAACUAUUUACAAACACUACUGUAACUUCAGUGAAACAAUGUGUGAUUGAAGCUUUUUGCUUAUUAUAGUAUUUAUUAUACUACUUACUUCAGUAAAUAUAUAAAAGUAGCCUUCAAUUUAUUUUUAUAUUAUUUUCAUGUUUUUACCUGCAGUCGUGUUAUGUGAAUUUACCUUGUUAACUGAGACGUAAUGCUAAGGACCAAUAAACUAUCACUGAAUAA